GAAUGUACACAUCCUGGUACUAUUGAACAAAUGUCUUAUCAUUGUGGGAAAAUCUUGCCGGCGGAAUCUGGUGCGGCAAUUAGUUACAUUCACGAGGGAAUAAGGCUUCAGAAUUAUGAAAUUUUCAGACAUAGAAAUGCAGACACGAAGAAUCUAUUACGCCACAAAAAGCUUUACUUGGUUCUUGAUUUAGAUCAUACACUGCUAAACUCUACUGGGCUUAGAGCUAUGACUUCCAAAGAAGAACAUUUGAAGAGCCAAACAGAUUCUUUGCAAGAUGUCUCAAAAGGCAGUCUCUUCAUGGUGAACUCUGUGCAUAUGAUGACGAAGCUAAGGCCCUUUGUUCGCACAUUUCAAAAAGAAGCUAGUGAAAUGUUUGAGUUGUUCAUUGACACAAUGGGUGAUCGGGCCUAUGCUUUGGAAAUGGUUGAGCUGCUUGAUCCUCAAAGAGAGUACUUAAGUGGUAGAGUGAUUUCACGUGAUGAUCGUACCCAAAAAAAUAAAAAGGACCUUGAUAUCUUUCUUGGGCAUGAAAGUGCCGUUCUGAUUCUUGAUGAUACAGAAGAGGUAUGGCAAACGAAUAAGGAGAAUUUAAUAGUAAUGGAAAGAUAUUUUUUCUUUGCUUCAAGUUGUUGCCAAUUUCGCUUCAAUUGUAAAUCUCUUGCUGAGUUGAAGAGAGAUGAAAGUGAGACUGGUGGAGCACUUGCAACUGUGCUUAAAGUUCUUAAGAAAAUCCAUAAUAUGUUCUUUGAUGAACUUAAGGACAAUCUUGUUGACAGAGAUGUGAGGCAGAUGCUGAAAACAGUUAAGAAAGAAGUUCUGAAGGGGUGCAAAAUUGUCUUCAGCCGAGCGUUUCCCACCAUAGACCGGGCUGAAAAUCAACAUCUGUGGAAGAUGGCAGAACAGCUGGGAGCUACUUGUGUGACAAAGCUUGAUUCAUUCGUAACGCAUGUGGUCUCAACAGAUGUUGGAACAAAGAAGGCUCAAUGGGCAGUGAAACACAAGAAGUUUUUGGUCCUUCCACGGUGGAUACUGGCAGCAGAUUAUCGGUGGCAAAAGCAACCUGAACAGAACUUUGCUGUCAACAAAGUUAACUGA